AUGAACACACGGCGCCGCAAUGGCAAAGUAGCCGCCUGUGAGCCUUGCCGGAAGUCCAAGUCACGCUGUGACCAUGUCCAGGACGUUUGUGGGCCAUGUACUCGCCGGGGGAUCCAGACACAGUGCUACUACCACCCAUCUCCCCUGACCAGGACCAAGUUCAGCUUGUAUCAGAAUCCCAAUCUUGCGGACAGUCCAUCGUCCUUGGUUGGUCUUCCUUCGCCUCCUGCCAACACCAGGUCGCCGACACUGAUACCGAAUCCUAUCCUUGGUAGCGAUGCGCCUUGGCCAUCGAAGACAGAGGCAGAAAUCGCAGAGUUCCUAGUAGUGUUUCGUCCAUACUGGCCGGCUUUACGCACGCGGUUGCAUGGAUACUACGAGAUCAGUCUAGCACCCCUGGUGCCGAAGCAGCUCACGUUCCUGCUUGCUGAAGGUGUUGAGCAAGACUGCAUUUCGAGUCAGGUGUCCGUCGAUCUGCUGGCUCGGGCCAUAUCGAAAGCCACAUCUUCGCCAUCCAGUUCCCUCGAGAUCGCCCACAAUCCAGAGGCAUGGAUCAAACAGCAUACCACGCCGGUAGUGUCUUUACAAGCCAUUGGCCUUUUGUGUGCAAUAGCUGGGAGAGCAGCGGUAUCGACGCCGACGGAGCCUGAUUCACAGCAGGAAACGAAGUCAAGGCUGCUGAGCUGGGCGUCCCUUUGCCUCUCGACGGCUCGUACGAUCUGUGCCGCUGAAGACGAUAUCUUCCUGUGGUUAGCAUAUGACCACCUCAAGUUCAAUAUCGCCGUCAUGGGCAUGUAUGACAGAAGUACUUGGCACCUGCUCAGUCAACUCGUGGCAGACACACUGUCGGCCGGCCUCAAUCGGGAGGUUUCAUUAGGUCGGGGUGUGCCCUUUUUCGUUGUCGAAAUGAGACGACGUCUGCUCCUGAAGGUAUAUCACGCCGAUAAAUUGAUAUCGUUGGUGUUGGACCGAGCACCUCGACUAAGUCAUCGCUACAUCGAUAUCGCGCUGCCUCUUGACCUGGCUGACGAAGACCUGCUCCAAGAGACCGCCAUCAUCCCGAAGACUAGCGACUUCAUGAGCGACGACGGUUGGAAUGUUCAGCCUUCGUUCAACACGGCCUCGUGGCUUCGGGCGUUCCACUGCAUCAACAUCAUUAGAGAAGAGGUCUUGGACUGGGAAGCUACGACCGUCGAAUCUCGUAAGCACGAUGACCUCCUAAGCCUGAGCAAACGAGCACAAUUUGCUUGGCAAAGCAUUCCCAAUCACUUACAAUACCAGAAUACCUGUUGGCUACCAGGCCUCAGAGCGUCCACGGUCACGAUGCUCGCGUUCGUCAAGCUGGCACAUUUGCAGAACCUGGCGCGGAUCCAGAGACUUCUCGGGCAGGAUGACACUGUCGCCCCUGCAACAGUAGCUCUCGAUAUUCUUACAGUCGUCAACGACUUCGGGAUGGCAGUCGGCUCGCCGUCCACCAUGAGGCAUGAUUUUGAACUGGUCGUUAUAUAUUACGGUCUUCCCAACGCAGCGUCUCUGCUUGAAGGCGUGUCUCGUCCGUCCCCGAUGCGGGUUAAAGUGGUUCGAACGCUGUCGGUGUUUGUCGAACAUCUAGACCACUUUACUGAUGCCAGUGGCCCGAAUCACAAGCUCCUGAGUGAGGCGUCGGCUUUGCUUUCAAAGGCGCUUGACCAUAUCAUCGUGGAUGAUGCCAGCUCUUUUCACAUGGCUGCAGGAUCUGUGCUAUCAGAUGUCUCUUUCAAUACCAUUGCUGCGGCAUGUACUGCUACACCGCAAUCGUCUCGUACCCCGGGAGAUCAGGACGAAAGAAGUCCCCUCGGCCAUGAGGCGGCUGAUCAAUCUUUCAGCGAUCUGAUCAGUAGUGUAGAUUGGUCGAUCAUCGAUAUAGACUGGUCUGCGGUGUAG